CAUUUUGUGUAAUUGUGAGGAUACAGAAUAAACUUGCAGAUGUUGAGGUGGCAGUUUGGCUAAAGCGUGAAUUACUUCUUUUCUGUCGUGUUUGGUUUGUUUUCUUUUCUUUUCUUUUUAGUUGUGACUCGCUUUGUGUUGUAUAUUAUUUAUAUUAAAGUGCAAUGAGCCGCAGUUAAAAGCCACUGGUUCGCAGACGAGGACUUUUGUAUGUUAAUGCUGCAUCUCAUGCAACAGCUGCAGCAGCAGCAGCAGCAGAGUCAUCAGUGGACAUCAAGCUAAUCCAGUUCACAACUGGUUUUAUGUUUUUAUUUUAAUUAGAGACACGGAUGCGGCUGUUAACAUGACACUGAGGAGAGUCAAUGUGGUCAUCCUUUUGCUGCUGGCUGUAGCUUUUCUCAUCAUAGUUCAGAGAAAUCUCCUCAACCUCAGUGACUUUCUACACAAGGAGAACCCAGAUGCAGGGAUGAUUCUUCCCUUUGAGGCGGACUUUUCUCCCGCCGUCAGACUGGAGUCCGCGAGGAAAGGAGAGGAGCUUCCUGUCCUCAUCACUGCUGCUGAGGAGAGGCUCGGUGCUGUGGUCGCUGCCAUGAACAGUGUUUACCAGAACAGCAGAGCCAAUGUUGUCUUCACCAUUGUGACCAUGAACGACACAGCAGAUCACCUAAAACUUUGGUUGAGUAAGACGAAGCUGAAAAACAUCAAGUACAACAUCAUUAUUUUCCAACCUGAGCUUCUCAGUGGGAAGAUUUCUAAAGAUCCUCAAACAAGGGAGGCGGCACAACCGUUGGCUUUUGCCAGAUUUUAUCUGCCUACAUACCUCCCUACAGCAGAGAGAGCCGUCUAUUUGGAUGACGACAUCAUUGUACAAGGAGACAUUCAGGAGCUUUUUGAAACCAACCUGAAACCAGGACAUGCAGCUGCUUUCUCAGAAGACUGUGACUCCGCCUCUGCCAAAGGCAUUGUCCGAGGAGCAGGAAGUCAGAAUAACUACUUAGGUUUCCUGGACUUUAAGAAGGCGUCUAUCAAAAAGCUGGGGAUGAGAGCCAACACAUGCUCCUUCAACCCAGGAGUCAUCGUGGCCAACCUGACAGAGUGGAAGAACCAGAACAUCAGCCAUCAGCUGGAGCACUGGAUGGAGCUCAACACAAAGGAGGAUCUCUACAGUAAAACACUGGCAGAGAGCAUCACCACUCCUCCUCUGCUCAUCGUUUUCUACAAACGUCACUCCAACAUCGACCCCAUGUGGCACGUCAGACACCUGGGUAACACGGGAGCUGGAAACCGAUACUCGCCACAGUUUGUGAAAGCCGCCAAACUCCUCCACUGGAAUGGACAUUAUAAACCGUGGGGCAGAACGUCCGCGUUCUCCGAUGUGUGGGACAAGUGGUUCAUUCCAGACCCGACGGGAAAGUUUCACCCUGUGCGACGACACGCAGACGACAGCUAGACGGAACCUUUGGGCCAGCCGUGUUACUGCAGGACCACACACACAAACACACUUUGAUAUCUCAGGAACUGUGUAAGGCCAGAUUUAUGUUUGAGUUAUUAUUAUUAUCAUCCACUGAUCAUGCAAACCUGUGUUUUUCCCUUAAAUGAGCAGAAUGGACUUUUUCUCAGUACCAGGUGCAGCAACUCGAGAUCCUUCAGUCCUUUUCUAAAGUUUUGGCACCUGAAGAAACACAGACAUAAGCAUCGUUUCCACACCGCAGUGAUGAGAUACUUUGUCACAGCUAGAGAGAGUUUUUGUUUUAUCAAAUAAAAUACUUCAUAUUUUCAGCGCUAUGGUAUUUUUACAGACUUACCCAGAGUAUUGUUUGACUUAAGAUGUCUGUUUAAUUCUUUAAAGUUUCUUCUGUGAGCACCUUUGCAUUCUUUUUCCACUUUAACACCAAAAGGCAGUUUAAACCUUUAACAAUAAAAUUAGUGAGUGGA